GUCCUGAGUGCUGAGCACUUUUUCUCUAGCUGUAAAAGGGAGUGACUUCAUGCCCUGUCCUCGUGCUCAAUUCCUCCACCGGCAAACUCAUCUUCUCAAAGCAGUUCGAAAACACCAAGAAAAUGUCGACCACCCUGACACCGGAGCAGAUCACCGAGUACAAGGGCAUCUUUGAGAUGUUUGACGAAGAGGGGAACGGCUUGGUGAAAACGGAUGAGCUGGAGAGGCUCAUGAGCCUGAUUGGCAUCAACCCCACCAAGAGAGAGCUGGUAACGAUGGCAAAGGAUGUGGACAAAGACAACAAAGGCACCUUCAACUGUGAUGGGUUCCUGGUUUUGAUGGGGAUUUACCACGAAAAGUCAAAAAACCAGGAUGAAGAGCUAAGAGCAGCUUUCAAGGUCUUUGAUAAGGAGCACAAAGGCUACAUUGACUGGAACACCUUGAAGUACGUGCUGAUGAACGCCGGGGAGCCACUGAGCGAACAGGAAGCAGAAUUCAUGAUGAAAGAAGCUGACAAAGACGGGGAUGGGACCAUUGACUACGAAGAGUUUGUGGCGAUGAUGACCGGCGAAUCAUUUAAAUUGACCCAAUAAGGCCCACUGGAAGAAAUUAAUUCUUUAUGUCAGAGUCCACCCC